AUGACUUCAUAUAGCUGCUGCUUGAUUCUUUUGCUGUUUACCUGGAGCACUGCUGCCUAUGGGCCAAACCAACGGGCACAGAAGAAGGGAGACAUUAUUCUUGGAGGAUUGUUCCCCAUUCAUUUUGGAGUGGCUGCUAAAGACCAGGAUCUAAAAUCAAGGCCAGAAUCAGUGGAGUGUAUAAGGUAUAAUUUCCGAGGCUUCCGCUGGCUCCAGGCUAUGAUCUUUGCCAUAGAAGAAAUAAACAGUAGCCCAACUCUCCUUCCCAACAUGACCCUGGGAUAUAGGAUAUUUGACACUUGCAAUACAGUCUCGAAAGCCCUGGAGGCCACACUGAGUUUUGUGGCCCAGAACAAGAUAGACUCCUUGAACCUGGAUGAAUUCUGUAACUGCUCAGAACAUAUCCCUUCCACCAUUGCAGUCGUGGGAGCAACUGGCUCUGGCAUCUCCACUGCUGUGGCAAAUCUGCUGGGACUCUUUUACAUACCUCAGGUCAGCUAUGCCUCAUCCAGUCGUCUCCUGAGCAAUAAGAACCAGUUCAAGUCCUUCCUGCGCACAAUCCCCAACGAUGAGCAUCAGGCCACGGCCAUGGCAGACAUCAUCGAGUACUUUCGCUGGAACUGGGUGGGAACAAUCGCAGCUGACGAUGACUAUGGCCGGCCAGGGAUUGAAAAAUUUCGGGAAGAGGCAGAGGAGAGAGAUAUCUGCAUUGAUUUUAGCGAGCUCAUCUCCCAGUACUCAGACGAAGAGGAGAUCCAGCAGGUGGUGGAGGUUAUCCAGAACUCCACAGCAAGAGUGAUUGUUGUUUUUUCCAGUGGCCCAGAUCUGGAGCCUCUCAUCAAAGAGAUUGUCAGGAGAAACAUCACUGGCAAGAUCUGGCUGGCAAGCGAGGCCUGGGCCAGCUCUUCCCUCAUAGCCAUGCCGGAGUUCUUCCGUGUCAUCGGCAGCACCAUCGGGUUUGCGCUGAAGGCAGGACAGAUCCCAGGAUUUCGUGAGUUCCUGCAGAAGGUGCAUCCCAAGUCCACCAACAACGGCUUUGCCAAGGAGUUUUGGGAGGAGACAUUUAACUGCUAUCUCCCUGAUGGAUCCAAAAAUUCUCCUGCUUCCACUUCCUUUCACAAGGGGCACGAAGAGGGGCUGGGAGCUGGAAAUGGAACGUCUGCCUUCCGACCUCCAUGCACAGGGGAUGAGAACAUCACCAGCGUGGAGACGCCGUACAUGGACUACACACACUUGCGGAUAUCCUAUAACGUGUACUUGGCAGUGUAUUCCAUCGCCCAUGCCUUGCAGGAUAUUUAUACCUGUACCCCUGGGAAGGGCCUCUUCACCAACGGGUCCUGUGCAGACAUAAAGAAGGUGGAGGCAUGGCAGGUUCUCAAGCAUCUGCGACACUUAAAUUUCACCAAUAACAUGGGGGAGCAAGUGGAUUUUGAUGAGUUUGGGGACCUGGUAGGAAAUUACUCAAUAAUCAAUUGGCAUCUCUCUCCGGAGGAUGGCUCAGUCGUCUUUGAAGAGGUUGGGCACUACAAUGUUUAUGCCAAGAAAGGGGAGAGGCUUUUUAUCAAUGAAAACAAGAUCCUGUGGGGUGGAUUCUCUAAGGAGGUGCCUUUCUCCAACUGCAGCAGGGACUGCCUGCCAGGCACGAGGAAGGGCAUCAUUGAGGGGGAGCCCACCUGCUGCUUUGAGUGCGUGGACUGCCCCGACGGGGAGUACAGUGAUGAGACAGAUGCAAGUGCUUGUGACAAGUGCCCUGAGGAUUACUGGUCCAAUGAGAACCACACGUCCUGCAUCCCCAAGCAGAUAGAGUUUCUGGCCUGGACUGAGCCCUUUGGGAUUGCUCUGACUCUCUUUGCUGUGCUUGGAAUUUUCCUGACUUCUUUUGUUCUGGGAGUCUUCACCAAAUUUCGCAACACACCCAUCGUCAAGGCCACAAACCGGGAGCUAUCCUACCUCCUCCUCUUUUCCUUGCUAUGCUGCUUCUCCAGCUCAUUGUUCUUCAUUGGUGAGCCCCAGAAUUGGACUUGCCGUCUGCGGCAGCCAGCUUUUGGCAUCAGCUUUGUCCUCUGCAUCUCCUGCAUCCUGGUGAAAACCAACCGUGUCCUUCUUGUCUUCGAGGCAAAGAUCCCCACGAGUCUCCACCGAAAGUGGUGGGGCCUCAACCUUCAGUUCCUCCUGGUCUUCUUGUGCACGUUUGUGCAGAUUGUCAUCUGUGUGAUUUGGCUCUACACGGCCCCACCAUCCAGUUACCGAAACCAUGAACUGGAGGAUGAGAUCAUCUUCAUCACCUGCCACGAAGGCUCCCUGAUGGCCCUCGGCUUCCUCAUUGGCUACACCUGCCUACUGGCAGCCAUCUGUUUCUUCUUCGCCUUCAAGUCUCGAAAGCUGCCUGAGAAUUUUAACGAGGCCAAGUUCAUCACCUUCAGCAUGCUGAUAUUCUUCAUCGUGUGGAUCUCCUUCAUCCCUGCUUAUGCCAGCACGUACGGCAAGUUCGUGUCUGCUGUGGAGGUGAUAGCAAUACUGGCUGCCAGCUUUGGGCUUCUGGCCUGCAUCUUCUUCAACAAAGUCUACAUCAUCCUCUUCAAGCCCUCCCGCAACACAAUCGAGGAGGUGCGCUGCAGCACAGCUGCCCACGCUUUCAAGGUGGCAGCCAGGGCCACCCUGAGACGGAGCAACGUGUCCCGCAAGCGCUCCAACAGCCUGGGCGGCUCCACCGGCUCCACCCCUUCCUCCUCCAUCAGCAGCAAGAGCAACCACGAGGACCCUUUUCCUCUGCCGGCCUGCGCCGAGCGGCAGCGCCAGCAGCAGCGCGGGUGCAAGCAGAAAGUCAGCUUUGGGAGCGGAACGGUGACGCUGUCGCUGAGCUUCGAGGAGCCGCAGAAGAACGCCAUGGCCAACAGGAACGCCAAGCGCCGGAACUCGCUGGAGGCCCAGAACAGCGACGACAGCCUGAUGCGGCACCGGGCCCUGCUUCCCCUGCAGAUCAAUGAGCCCCUCGGGGCUGAGCCCGGCUUCCAGGCAGCUUCCAGCCCGGAGACCAGCUCGCAGGAGUCGGUGGUGGGAGACAACAAAGAAGAGGGACCAAGCCCUGAGGCGGAGCCUUCCCUGCCGUCGGUUAACUCCCGAAAUUUUAUAGGCACUGGAGGUGGCUCUGUCACAGAGAACACGGUACAUUCCUAA